AUGCCUGCACUCACCGAUUCAACAUCAGUGAUCUCCACCACCACCACAAUCACCACUACUAUUACCACUACAAAGUCAUCAAAAUCUCCACUCCCUCCGAUAAACAGAAAACAGGAUCAUCAGACAACGUCAAGACGACCAUGUCGGAAACCCAACACCUCAACAGCUCUGACGGAAGAAAACCUUGAAGAGUUAAAACGUCGUCAAAAAGGCGAGAAGAAGUAUGCAAACAGUAGUAGUAGUCCUUAUUAUAAAGGACUAACUGAUUCAACUCUGAUUAUAACUCGACAAAGAGGAUCAUUAGCUGUAAGUGUUGAUCGAAGUCCUACAAAAAAUAGCAACGUUAGUGGAAGAAGUUCUUCAUCGAGUAGUUCUUCGAUUUUCGUUAGGAUACAAGUAUGGAGUUCUAGUUGUUUUAGGAAUAAUAAGAAUGAUACAAAUGGUGAACCAUUUUACUCAGUCUAUAAUCAAACAAUGACGACUAAUCCUUCAUCGGCUCCGUCAACAACAAACACUACGAGAAAACAAUUGUCAGGAGUGAUCUCUAGCAAUAACAACGACCCAGGGUUAGUGAUGAAAGAUGAGAGUACACCACCAUUACUGAUGGAGGAAAAUAAGAGGAGGCUAUUGACCAUGAAAGAGAAGUCCUUGAAGGAGAGAGCGUCAUUUUGGUCAUCGGAGGCUACCGAUAUUGCCUUGGAUGACAAUGGUAAUGCUGUAGGUGGAGAAACAAUUUCACUUAAAAAGAAAACGAAGAAGAAUGAGAAAAAAUACGUUUGGGCCGAUAUGUAUGGACCUACAGCUUUGAAAGAUUUCAUUUGCAAUCGAGAUAAAGCUGAGAACCUUCAUAAUCUAGUGAAAGAAGGUGGGGAAUGUAGCCAUUAUAUAUUUGAAGGUCCUGCAGGAGUAGGGAAGACAACUAUGGUUUGGGCUUUCUUAAGAGAAGUUUUUGGAGUUGAAGAUUUAGAGACAAGGGAAGAGCGCAAGACAUUUGAAUUAAACGGAGAAGCUGAACCAAGUAUUGAUGUACGUGUGAAACUAUCAUCUAAACAUGUUGAGAUAAACCUAUCUCAACUACAUGGCUACGAAAAGCAUGUGAUUGCUGCCAUAAUUAGAGAAACCCAAUCCAUUAUGAUCACAAAAAAUAAAGUUAAGCCAAAAUGUGAUCCUCCCAACUGCUACGCAAUUAUUAUCCAUGAAGCAGACAAGCUACCUAGAGACUCACAACUUUAUAUAAGAUGGCUCUUGGAAAGGAAUAAUCAAAACUUUAGAAAUCGAACCCAGCUAAUACUCAAACUAUGUAUACUUCAGAUUGUUCAAGUGUUGAAGUUUAUUGCGGGAAAAGAACGUAUCCAACUGCCAACCCAACUAGCCGAAAGAAUUGCGGAAAACUCUAAACAUAAUCUUCGACAAGCUAUUCGAUCUUUCGAAGCUACAUGGCACUUUUAUAAUGAGUUUAGUGAAGACCAAGUGCUUUUAACUGGAUGGGAAGAAGAUGUAGCCAAUAUUGCUGAGAAUAUCAUUGAAGAGCAAAGCCCUAGGCAGUACGUAGCUAGCUUUCGUUAA